AUGCGCUCCUCGUCAGAUGAGCUUGACGGCGUACUCGACCUUCACAACUCGUCGACCCCUGAGGACCUCAAGGUUCCAGGCCGUACGACGCCAAGCCCCCUCUCCGAUUGCCCGUCCGGCUCGCAGUACCGGCCGCUGAGCAUUAUCAACGAAGACGGAAUUCAUCAGUCUUCGGCGACCAUUCGCCAGUCGCCCACCUCCCUCCGUGAACGACGUGGCAUGGCAUCCACCCUUGGCGGUCUCCAUCUCAAUACAAACGCUACCCGUCCCACCCGCCCAGCCCUCUCCGACGUUUUCAUCUCUGAUGACAACGAAGAGCCCUUUCCCGAGCCUUUUGCAGUACAGUCCAGCCGUGGCAUUUCGGUUCGAUGCGUAAAGGAGAACCAGAAGUCUCCCAGUACACUCUCACGUCGAUCCAUUGCUCCGUCUACAAGACCUACCCCUGUUCCCAGCUGCCUCAGUAACCUCGAGGUGUCGCAGAUCAUCCUCGACUCCGAGUUCUCCCCAACCGAGUGGCGCGAGUACGUGGCACCGCACAACGACUUUCCCCUCACUCCUAUUCCCCUUGAUACCGACAACAUUGAAGGCGACUCUCGGGAGUCCGCGGUCAGGUUCACCACUCAAAAGCUUCAGAGGAUCUUGCAGUCAUUCCUCACCGAAGACGAUUACCCCGACUGGGUGAUGAACGAGGUUGAAAGACACAUGCGCGGCAUGGACCGAUUCGACGACCCCCGCACCUAA